AAACCAAAGAGAUUUUCUGGGGUAUUGUUUACUGAAAUCAGACAAAAAGAUGUUGAAAAAGACAGGAGUCAGAGAUGUAAAUCAGAGAGUUUUAAACAUACAUGUGUACACAUAAAGAAAUGGUACACGAUGGAUCAUUUUCCAAGACUCAAAUACCGCCAUCAGCAAGUCUGCAAAUUGUCGGAAAGAAUGAAAAGUAUUUCACCAGAAAAAGGAAAUUUUCCACUUGUAGACAGCACCACUAUUCUUCUUUACGUAGCCGGAGAUAUCACGAGAAAAACUGAGAGACUAAUUGCUUCAACAAAAGAUGAAGGAUUCAGCUAUGAUUCAAUAGAUCAAAAGGAAUGGCCUGUUUCUGCGCUUAUUUAUUUUCAAGGUGAAAAUGAACCACUGACCGGAAUAAAAGAGCUCAUCGAAUCAUUCGAGUCAGUGAGUUGGACAAAGGUUUUUAUAGUUGGAAGCAAACAUUUGAGGUCAUCUGAACCUUGUGUUAAGUCCACAUAUACUAUUCUACAUAGAACAAAGACAUCAAUUCGAGAAGCCAUCACCUCCUUCCUAGAGUCCCCAUUGAUGGAAUGCAUUCAGAACUUUCAGAAGUUUCUGGAAAAAUUAGAACUUGGUCACCAAGUAAUGAGGAAAGAGGAACUAUCAAAAUUAAAGAAAGAUUGCAGAUCGGUUUUCUUGCUCAUGUCACCGGAGAUAAAUUCAACAAAUAGAAUUCCAGAUUCCCUCAGAAAAUUUCUUUUCCAGCGACCUGGUAUUCAUGGCUUUGGAAUUUGGGAGGCGUCAGAAUUUCGAAUAUUUGUGUCAAGUGACACAGACACUAAACUUCUGAAAUCAGAAAUAUGUACAAUUUGUGUCAAUUUUUUUGAAAAGAUGAAACUGAGUAUAGUGAGUGGUAACAUGCAUUUGAAAAAAUACACAAAGCAGGGAGAGAAACUCUUCCUAAAAUCGGAACGAGAGGAUUCGUACGCAACAACAGGUGCGUUGCUGAAGAAUGAACAGGGUUCUGACGACAUUUAUGGAUUAACUUGCCAUCACGCUUUACCUCGGGAAGAGCAAAGAGUAUUUGCAAAGUUCCCGGAAUCUUCCAAUCCGUUUAAAAUUGGAGAAUGCAUUUAUACAGAUAAUGAACCUAACCACGAUUUUGCUGUUUACCGAGUUGAUGAAGACAAACGUAGGAUGUGUGACACAACCUUUCUGAAUGCUAUGAACAAUCCUUGCAAUGUUUAUAUUCAAGAAGGACAAAUUUCUUCAGAUGCACUUGUUCAUAAGAAGGGAGCUUCGACUGACUGGACUACUGGUAGAAUCAAAAGUUCCGAGUUUUAUGUCCCAUUAUUCGGAAAGCAGUCUGAAAUGUUUCUUGUUUCAAGUUCUGAAAUACCGGGUAGUUCCUUUUCUGCAGAAGGAGACAGUGGGUCAGUUGUUUUUCAACACGACAGCUCUCCCAACCAGAAAUCCGUAUUUGCGUUAGGGUUAGUUACUGGAAAGAUAGAUGAUGUCAGAGAUGAAAGUCUAUCCGAAGCCGUAAAUUCUACAUUAUGCUUACGGCUCAACACCGCUCUUUCGUGUCUUUCAGAAAAAAAACAGCUAGACUUAAAGUUUGAAAGCUCGAGUCGUGAAUCAUCGAGCUCAGAUGAAGUUGAUUAAGAACGUUUUGCUUAUAUCAGGCAUGUCUUCUCGUCCAAAUACGAAUUAUUACUAUAUAAUAUUAUAUAAAAUAACCCAUCUAUAAAAUAACCCAUAUAUAAUGUUGCCACUUAUCAUAAAUGGUACAAAAAUUGCGCUGAAAUUUUGAGUGAUCCCAUCCUACAUGCAUUUUCAUUACUUACAUGCAUUUAGAGGAGACGAGUACUUUAUUUGAUAGAAGAAAACGUGUACCUUUUUCACCUAUUUAAUUUCAAAGUUAUUUUGUCAUCGUGUUUUCAGAAAAAAAACUAAGAGAACUCAGAAAAGAGCUUUUCUAUUCAAAGUAACACAGUGACGCAAAAAUAAAAAUUAGAAAUUUGGCAUGGAAAAUGCAAAUUUUGUUUAAUUCUUGAAAGUACCAGGUUUUGUAAAAUUGCAAGUUUCAGAACCUUGAAAAUCUACUUUUAUGGAGAAAAAAAUUAGCAGAACAAUAUUGCUUCGCUCCUUCCUCUCAAUUAUGCACGUAACGCAGAAAACAUGAAUAGGUUAUCAUGGUCUCAAGUCCCCAGAAGUGGAAUGUCGUUAGACCAAGGAUAGUCCUAACGUUUCCAUACCGUCAGGUACUGGCGUUAGUAAGUAAAUUUACCCAUAUUAAAUUCAGAUUCUCUUAAAGGACUUGUAACUUGCAUGUCAACAUAAUUAUCUUGGAUGUUGACAUAAUUAUCUUGCAUGUUGACGUAACUUUUUUUGCUUGUAGGGGGCAGAAAUAUGCUACCAUAAUAUUAUACAGACAUGGUUUUUUUUUUUGUUUUUUUGUUUUUUGUUUUGUUUUUUUUUGAAAGAAAUGAAUCUGUGAUUUUUUUAUGUGAUAUUUUUCUUUAAAAAAGUAUUCUUUGAUAUAUACAUAAAUAUUGAUCUCAUGUUAAAUAAAAGAAAUGGAAAUAUUUUCAGUUCUCUGGCCUGUAAAAGGCUGCAAUAUUCCAUGAUUUUGUGAUGUGUGUUCAAUAUCUUGAGUGAUGUAUAUUCAAUAUAUUGUGAUGUGUGUUCAAUAUCUUGUGUGAUUUAUAUUCAGUAUAUUGUGAUGUGUGUUCAAUAUCUUGUGUGAUGUAUAUUCAGUAUAUUGUGAUGUGUGUUCAAUAUCUUGUGUGAUGUAUAUUCAGUAUAUUGUGAUGUGUGUUCAAUAUGUUGUGAUAUAUAUUCGAAAAUCGUGUGAUGCAUUCUCGAUAAUCUUGUGGUGCAUAUUUUAUACAUAUUUUAUAUCUUGGGAUGCAUAUUUUAUACCUUGUGAUGUGUAUUCGAUAAU